GGCCGGGCGGGAGGCAUGGCGGGGCCCCCGGCCCUACCCCCGCCAGAGACGGCGGCGGCCGCCACCACGGCGGCCGCCGCCUCGUCGUCCGCCGCGUCCCCGCACUACCAAGAGUGGAUCCUGGACACCAUCGACUCGCUGCGCUCGCGCAAGGCGCGGCCGGACCUGGAGCGCAUCUGCCGGAUGGUGCGGCGGCGGCACGGCCCGGAGCCCGAGCGCACGCGCGCCGAGCUCGAGAAACUGAUCCAGCAGCGCGCCGUGCUCCGGGUCAGCUACAAGGGGAGCAUCUCGUACCGCAACGCGGCGCGCGUCCAGCCGCCCCGGCGCGGAGCCACCCCGCCGGCCCCGCCGCGCGCCCCCCGCGGGGGCCCCGCCGCCGCUGCGCCGCCGCCGCCCACGCCCGCCCCACCACCGCCGCCGCCCGCGCCCGUCGCCGCCGCCGCCCCGGCCCGGGCGCCCCGCGCGGCCGCGGCCGCCACAGCGCCCCCCUCGCCUGGCCCCGUGCAGCCGGGCCCCCGCGCGCAGAGGGCCGCGCCCCUGGCCGCGCCGCCGCCCGCGCCCGCCGCGCCCCCGGCGGUGGCGCCCCCGGCCGGCCCGCGCCGCGCCCCCCCGCCCGCCGUCCCCGCCCGGGAGCCGCCGCUGCCGCCGCCGCCACAGCCGCCGGCGCCGCCACAGCAGCAGCAGCCGCCGCCGCAGCCACAGCCGCCGCCGGAGGGGGGCGCGACGCGGGCCAGCGGCCCGGCGCGGCCCGUGAGCCUGCGGGAAGUCGUGCGCUACCUCGGAGGUAGCGGCGGCGCCGGCGGCCGUCUGACCCGCGGCCGUGUGCAGGGGCUGCUGGAGGAGGAGGCGGCAGCGCGGGGCCGCCUGGAGCGCACCCGCCUCGGAGCGCUAGCGCUGCCUCGCGGGGACAGGCCCGGACGGGCGCCGCCGGCCGCCAGCGCCCGCGCGUCGCGGAGCAAGAGAGGUGGAGAAGAACGGGCGCUUGAGAAAGAAGAGGAAGAAGAUGAUGAGGAAGAAGAUGAUGAUGAAGACGAUGUGUCAGAGGGUUCUGAGGUGCCUGAGGGUGACCGUCCUGCAGGUGCCCAGCACCACCAGCUUAAUGGCGAACGGGGCCCUCAGAGUGCCAAGGAGAGGGUCAAGGAGUGGACGCUCUGUGGACCCCACCAGGGCCAAGAUGAAGGGCGCGGGCCAGCCCUGGGCAGUGGCACCCGCCAGGCCUUCUGUAUGGCCGCAAUGAAUAAGGAAGGGGGAUCAGCCUCUGCUGCCACCGGGCCAGAUUCCCCAUCCCCUGUGCCUUUGCCACCAGGAAAACCAGCUCUACCUGGGGCUGAUGGGACCCCCUUUGGCUGUCCUUCUGGGCGCAAGGAGAAACCUGCUGACCCCGUGGAGUGGACCGUAAUGGACGUGGUGGAGUAUUUCACUGAAGCUGGCUUCCCUGAACAAGCCACGGCUUUCCAAGAGCAGGAAAUCGACGGCAAGUCUUUGUUGCUCAUGCAGCGCACGGACGUGCUGACCGGCCUGUCCAUCCGCCUCGGCCCAGCCCUGAAAAUCUACGAGCACCACAUCAAGGUGCUGCAACAAGGCCACUUUGAAGAUGACGACCCCGAUGGCUUUCUAGGCUGAGUGCCCAGCCUCACCCUUUCCCCCACCCAUUCCAGCCCCUGUCUCACCCCAAGACCCCCGAGUCCAGGAGCUUCUGGACGGGGACACCCUUAGCUCUCAUGACAGAUUCUACUGAGGGGGCACCUUCCCUAGUCAUCUCCU